AUGGCUCCUCUCGACACCCUCCUCGAGGCGCUCCUCUUCCUCGUGCCCCUCGCGCACCUCCUCCUCGCCCCCCACACCAAGGUCGAGGAGUCCUUCAACAUGCAAGCCGCCCACGACGUGCUCGUCUACGGCGUCCCCUGGACGGGCCCCUCGCCGCGCGCCCGCCUCGCCGCCGCCUACGACCACUUCGCCUUCCCCGGCGCCGUCCCGCGCACCUUCCUCGGCGCCGUCCUCCUCGCCGGCCUCGGCCAGCCGCUCGUCGCCCUCGCCCCGGGCGGCUUCGCCCACGCGCAGACCCUCGUGCGCGGCCUCCUCGCGGCGUUUAACGCGGGCGCGCUGCUCGUGUUUGCGCGCGGUCUGCGGGAGGCGCAUGGUGUGCGUGUCGCGCGCUGGUGGAUGGCCCUGCUGCUGACGCAGUUCCAUGUGCCGUUUUAUGCGUCGAGGACGUUGCCGAAUAUGUUUGCGUUUGGGCUCGUUACGCUGGCCAUGGCGUUUCUCCUGCCGAAGAAGGAUCCGAGGAGGGCGCUCGUGCGACGCCGUCAGGCCGUCGCACUGCUUGUCGUCGCGGCUGCCGUCUUUCGCGCCGAGGUCGCCAUCUUGCUCGCCGCCGUGGGCGCUCAGCUGCUCUACUCGGGGCAGAUGACCCCCCGCGGGAUCGUACCCGUCUUUGCUGUCGCGUUCGUCGCCGCGCUCGCCCUCUCCGUCCCCAUCGACUCGUACUUCUGGCAGAAGCCGCUCUGGCCGGAGCUCUGGGGCUUCUACUAUAAUGCCGUCCUCGGCAGCUCCUCCAACUGGGGCACCUCCCCCUGGCACUACUACUUCACCUCGGCCCUGCCGCGCCUGCUCCUCAACCCGCUCGCCCUGCCGCUCGUCGGCCUCGCUCUCUACCUGCCCGCCACCGCCCCCGCCGCGCGCCGCCUCGUCCAGCCGAGCCUCGCCUUCAUCGCCGUCUACUCUCUCCAGCCGCACAAGGAGGCCCGCUUCAUCUUCUACGCCGUCCCGCCACUCACCGCCGCCGCCGCCCUCUCCGCGGACUACAUCGCCACGCGCCGCCGCAAGUCGCUCGUCUACGCCCUCGGCACCGCCGCCCUCGCCGUCUCCGUCGUCGCCUCCCUCGCCGCCAGCGCAGGCAUGCUGCUCCUCUCCUCCCUCAACUACCCCGGCGGCGACGCCCUUACGCAGCUCUACGCCCUCACCGCCGACGCCGUCGACCCCCUGCCCGUCACCGUCCCCGCGACGUCGACCUCUCCCUCCACCAUCACCGUCCACGCCGACGUCCUCACCUGCAUGACAGGCCUCACCCUCUUCGGCCAGAACCGCCCCGGCCUGCCCCUCGCCCUCACCGGCCCCCAGAACCACCACAACCACCACCCCGCCUCCGCCUCCGCGCCCCCCAUCUACAUCUUCGACAAGACCGAGGACAAGCCCGACCUCAAGUGGCCCAGCUUCUGGAAGAAGAUGGACUACGCCCUCAUGGAGGACCCCAUGCUCCCCCUCGGCAACUGGAAGGUCCUCGGCGUCGUCCAGGGCUACGACGGCAUCGAGGUGCUCAAGCCCGGCGCCAAGGAGCCGCUUGACGUCGAGGCCGCGGCCGCCACCGGCCCCCGCCAGUCGCACAGGGUGCUCGGCCUCGGCGCGAGGGUAGCAGACGUGCGCCGCGCCGUGAGGAAGUACACGGGCGGCUGGUGGAUCGGCCCGCGCAUGUCGCCGCGCAUACACAUCAUGAAGCGCGUCAAGGACGGACAGUACGCAACGUCAUAA